AUGUGUGACAUCUUGUUUCAUAUCCACACCCGCACCUACACACCCACACCCGUAUUACGUAGAGCUCCAUCCACACCAGCAGAUUUUUUAGAACAAGCACGACGUGAAGAAAAUUCGGAUCGUCUCGUUACUACAUCUAUUCAUCAAACAAAUGAUAAUGAUAUACAAGCAAUAAAUCACUCCAACAAUUUAUUGUAUAGAUCUACACAAUCAGCUGAACCUAUCCGUCAUCCAAACUCAUCUAAUAUGUAUUCCGGAGGUUAUUAUACAACCGAAUAUUCACCUCGGCCGGUAUAUAAUCGUUUUCAUCAUCAAUCAUCGCCACGUUAUCCAUCGCAAGCUCAAUAA